AUGGCAUUGCUGCUGCUGCUGCCGCUGGGCCUGGGGCUGAGCCUGGCCUCCGCCCAGGAGCUCAACCUUCAGUCCGUGGUUCGUGGGAAUUACGACCCUGCCAAGGUGUCGGGCGUCUGGUACUCCAUCUCCAUGGCCUCGAACGACAUGAAGCGGAUCGAGGAAGACGGGGACCUGAGGGUCUUCAUCCAGAAAAUCCAGAGCGUGGCCAACGGCAGCCUGCAGUUCUUCUUCCACUUCAUGCUGCACGGGGACUGCGUGGAGGUGGCCAUGGUCUGCGAGAAGACGGAGAAGGACGGGGAGUACACCCUGGCCUACGCGGGGGACAACAGGGUGCAGCUGUGGGAGACGGACUACAUGCUCUACGCCACCUUCCACCUGCACAGCGUCAGGAACGGCACCCAGACCCGCGUGCUGGCACUCUACGGUCGGAUACCAGAGCUGCCCCACAGCUUCCUGCACAGAUUUGAGAGGCUCUGCAGGAAGCAGGGGCUGGGCCCCCAGAACAUCGUCAGCCUGAGCACCCGGGACCCGUGCGUCAGGUACCGGCGGUAG